AGACUACGUUAUAUGUUGUUUUGUUUUAGUUCAACAAUAAAUUAGUUUUCAUAAAUUUAUGGUGAAAAUUUCGCAGAAAGUAAAAACUACUCCUAUAACUAAUUCUACAGUUUUCGAUGAAUAAAUCUUAUUCCAUGAAUACAUUGUAAAUACUGUGAAAUCAAUGUAAUGUAACCUAAUAUACAUAUACUAGCACUGAUCAUGCACUGUGUUCCAUACAUAUCUAAUAUAAAUAUAUGUAUGUAUUAUAUCGAAAAUGCGGGGCUAGAUUCAGUGAAUUAAUUUUAUAACAUACGAACGUUGUUAUAUUUUUCCUCAGUUAUUAAGAAAUUACUAUUGUUAAUGAUUAUGAAUAUUUAUUAUUGAAUAAGACAUGAAUUAGAAAAAAAAAAAAAAAAAUAAAUAAAUAAGUGACUGCUACGCGCGAAAUUACGGACCUGCGCAUUAAUUUCAGUUCUCCACAGAAUUUGGCAACAGUUUACUCAAACUUAAUCUACUGUAUAUGUAUGUUGUAUAAAAGUUAUAUCCAUAUUAUCUUAUGGACCCUGAUAUUGAAUGUCGAAAAUGGCAGCACCAGAAGCAAUACAAGUCAGUUCGCUACCUCUUCCUCCAGUUCAGUACAUAAAUUUGUACACGGACGAAAAUGUUCGUCGAGGCAGAGCACCUCGACCACCGCCUCCGAUACAUGAUACUUAUUCAAUGUUUGGAAAUACAUUUAAUGCGGAUGAUACGAUUAUAAGACCUCUCGAAGCUCAAGGAAUUAAAAGGCUAUAUCCUCAACACUUUGAUCGACGAAGAGAAUUGAAGAAAUUGAACCAUUCCUUGCUUGUUAACUUUUUAGAUUUGAUAGAUUUACUUGUACAAUGUCCUGACAGUCCAAGACGUGCUGAGAAAGUGGAAGAUCUUAGUUUAUUAUUCAUUCACAUUCAUCAUUUGUUAAAUGAAUUCAGACCACAUCAAGCUAGAGAAACAUUACGCGUUAUGAUGGAAUUACAACGUAGACAACGUAUUGAAACAGCGCUUAGAUUUCAGAAGCACUUGGAAAAGGUUCAGGAAAUUCUACAACACGCAUUACAAAUGCUACCCGACACUUCAGAAUUGGAUUCAAAGCUAGCAAUAAACACAGAUGCAAUGGAAUCUGUUGAUCAUUUAGGUUCUGAACAACAUACACCUGAUCCGUGUAGUUCCAGUGAUCGCGUUAUGUGCAAAGUUAUAGACGAUAUGAUUGCAACAAAUGGACUAUUUUAAUUAAUAAAGUAUUUAUAUAUUGUCAAUUUCAUUGUGUAAAAAUGAUUGUAAUUAUAGAUGUAACAAGCAUUGUGAUGUUAAUUCUAAAAACAUAACUAUUUUAUUUAUUAAAUGGUCGAAAAAGAA